GGCAAUUCCAAUACAUAUGCUGCUGCGUGAUGACUGAAUUUUCUCCACUGAGUUUCAAUUUUUUUCGUCCACCUUCUGAAAUCUAUAGUCCACCAUCACAGGAGGAUGCGUCAGUUAUCAACAAACCAAACGAGCCUCCCCCACCACCCAUAGUGAUAUGUCCAACGGAAGUAGACAGCAUCAAUGUCACUCUGGAGAAAAACCAGCAGUGCGCGUGCAAAGACUGUGGAAAGCUGUUCAACUCGGUCUGGUAUCUAAAGCAGCAUGCCGUGAAGCACUCUAAUGACCGUCCUUUUAAGUGCAAAUUUUGUUUCAAGACUUACAAGUUUCGCUCAAACCUUUAUCAGCACAAGUGUCCUGAUCGCCAGAAGCAGAUGAGCCAGGGAGGGCGGCGUCGGGGUGGGCUCGCUGUCUCUCCUUCAGCCCGUCGCUUGGAGACAAGCCAGUUGCUGAAGUCGCGAAUUGAAACUGGCACAAAUCCAGAGGACAACGCAGCAUAUCAGUCAUCCAUUUCUGACAGUGAGGAUAACGAUCUUCCUAUCACAUAUGGCUUGGUAAUACAUAAACUGGAGGAGAUUUCUCAAAAUAACUUUACCUCAAACGAACAAAAUGCACCACCACCAUCUGAGAAUGUGCCAGUCGAGCCGGCUGCAAAGCAACGGCCACCGGACUGUGUUCGUGCUCACCCACUUCCGCAGGAGGAGAUUGACGCCUAUAUCGCAAGAAACAAAUCAAAGCUUCAUACGUGUCGCAAAUGUCGUCUAACUUUUCCAUCUGAAGCGUCACUGAUGCGCCAUUCUGCCGCUCAUUCCCGGGAAGACAUGUUUCCGUACAAAUGCGGCUGUUGUCGACAGGCGUUCGAAUGCGAUCGUGGGCUUCGCCGUCAUUCCCAAGUUCAUGCUGAUGUUGGUCCUCGUCGUUGCGAAGAGUGUUUCGGAAUCUUUAGAUCACCAUUGGCUCUUAGACGUCAUCUCGACCAAUGCCGACAAUGCUACAUCGCUCCAAUCCAAAAUGAAAUCAUGGUCUCAGUUCAUUCACCAUUCGAUGCGUUCUCCUUCAUACCUUCAGAAGGUGAAGGAAUGUUCUCAUUUGAAUCUUCGAUCAAGGACAACGGUGGUAUAUAUGACUUAGACUAUCAUCACACUGCUAGAAGAUCAUCACUGCCAGUGGAUGUCGAUCCGUUUGAUAUGUUUGCGUCGAAAAAGAAAGAGAAGGAAGACGAUGAAGACAGUGGAUUUCGUUCAAGAGUCAAUUCCGUCACCCAGUCCUGCUCUCCCGCAUCUUCCUCUGCUUUCUCAUCAGAGGGUGGGUCGCCGCAGAGGAAAACGAGCACGGCUGAAGUGCCGGAAGUUACCAACUACACUCUUGGAGGAUACGGCACUGGGCCAACGUACGGUCAACAGUUAUUUCAGCCAUUUGAAUCUAUUGGAGACGAGUGUUUUCUUUCCGGCAGGCUAUCGUGGUCGCUAAAUUAUCUGCAUCCUUCAUUAAUAGCUUCCAAACUUGCUAUUAGAAGUAUUUUGCGUAGUGUUCCUUCGUUUCAAUCGUAGAUGUCUGUAGUGGUCCGGCAUGUCACCGAGAAGCAGCGGCGAACACAUUUAUCGCUUCGAGCUGUGGUUUGUCUGGCCAAGAGGUACCUCGCCAUCGUCUUUCGCCCGUUCUUUCAGUGUGGCCUUCGUGAUCAUAUGUGAUGCAUCUGUCUUUCGUUCAAACAGUCAUUCUCACUUGUGCUGCGGUGUCAUGUAGUGCCCAUUGAUUUGGCUAUCCGCAGCAAAUCCUGGGAUCCCUUUCGUUCUUUCUUAGAGCUUUCUUUUGUUGAGUGAGAAUCCCAAUGUCGAGAGUUGGCCGACGGAAAUUCUCUUUGAUCUCUAUUUCCGUACUCACGGUCUUUGUCACUAGAUAUUUCCGCUGACCUUUCGACUACUGGUUUCUAGCGACUAGUGUAUAGUGCUUGUCUCUGUCUUUUCACAAUGUUGCACGAUGUAUACCUUCUUUGAAGUAUUUUUUUAAACGUUGUUCUCGAGCUCUGCCAUGUCUUUCAUGUGGUCAUGCAAUUGUUUAUUUUAGUCCAUGAUCACAUUCUUUUUGAAAAUCAAAGCUGAGUCUCCUCAAAGGGUCUCACGUACUUCUUCUUUCCGAUGUCACGUAUUUCGCUCCAAGUCUCGUCCACCUCUCAAAUGAGAGUCACAGUUUUUCGCAGAUGUCUUUCACAGCUUUUUCUCUUUCACUGAUUGGCAAUAGUAUGUUCUACCAUUUAUUUAUGUUACUAUGGUAUUUUUAUAUGUUUCACAUGUUCACGUUAUCUCCGUCGUUUUCUUAGUUCCUGUGAUUUCCUUCGGUAUCGAACCCGAUUCUAAACAAUUAUGUGAUCGUUGAACCAAAUGCUAUAUGUAGGUUACUCUUAGUUCGUUAGUUCGCCUUUCUCGUUCUAUAGUGGCACAUACAACAUCCAUCUUACGUCGUAGUUGUUCGGUAAGCAGGAGGUGAUCUAUCCCUUGCUACCACUUUCGCAUUUUGUUACACUGUAUCUUUCGCGACGUCCACGCUUUUACAUCAUGCCAGAAGCGGGAUGCUCUUCCAAAAUGAUGCAUUGCAACUUCGAGCUUGUUAAAAUACUUCACUACUCUUUACACGUUUAUUUCGCCAUGGC